AUGAAUGAUCCUGCCCGGACAGCGUAACUGAAGGAGCCAGGUCUGUGCGUACUUGACCAUGGGAGCCAACACCUCAAGCAAACCACCAGUGUUUGAUGAAAAUGAGGAUGUCAACUUUGACCACUUUGAAAUUUUGCGGGCCAUUGGGAAAGGCAGUUUUGGGAAGGUCUGCAUCGUGCAGAAGAACGAUACCAAGAAGAUGUAUGCAAUGAAAUACAUGAACAAACAAAAAUGUGUGGAGCGCAACGAAGUGAGAAAUGUCUUCAAGGAGCUCCAGAUCAUGCAGGGCCUGGAACAUCCCUUCCUGGUUAACUUGUGGUACUCCUUCCAAGACGAGGAGGACAUGUUCAUGGUGGUGGACCUCCUGCUGGGCGGGGACCUGCGUUAUCACCUGCAGCAGAAUGUCCGCUUCCAGGAAGACACCGUGAAGCUCUUCAUCUGUGAGCUGGCCAUGGCCUUGGACUACCUGCAGAGCCAGCGCGUCAUCCACAGGGAUAUGAAGCCUGACAAUAUUUUGCUUGAUGAACAUGGGCACGUGCACAUCACAGACUUCAACAUCGCGGCGAUGCUGCCCAGGGAGACGAGGCUCACCACCAUGGCGGGCACCAAGCCUUACAUGGCACCUGAGAUGUUCAACUCCAGAAGAGAAGUGGGCUAUGCCUUUGCAGUCGACUGGUGGUCCCUGGGGGUGACGGCGUAUGAGCUCCUGCGAGGCCGGAGACCAUAUCAUAUUCGCUCCAGUACGUCCAGCAAGGAAAUCGCACACAUGUUCGAGACGGCUAUUGUGACUUACCCUUCGGCCUGGUCGCAGGAAAUGGUGUCACUACUUAAGAAGCUACUUGAGCUGAAUCCGGACCAACGGUUUUCUCACUUGUCCGACGUUCAGAACUUCCCAUACAUGAAUGACGUGAACUGGGAUGCAGUUUUGCAGAAGAGGCUUAUUCCAGGUUUUAUUCCUAAUAAAGGCAGGCUGAAUUGUGACCCUACCUUUGAACUUGAAGAAAUGAUUUUGGAGUCCAAACCUCUUCACAAGAAGAAGAAACGUCUGGCAAAGAAGGAGAAGGAGAUGAGGAAAUGUGACUCUUCUCAGAUGUGCCUUCUUCAAGAGCAUCUUGAGUCUGUCCAGAAGGAGUUCAUAAUUUUCAACAGAGAAAAAGUGAAAAGAGACUUUAGCAAAAGACCAGCUAAUCUAACCUUGGAACAAACCAAAUACCCACAAGAAGAGAAUGGCCAGAAUAGCACAGCGUGAAAUCCUCAACAUCUUCUGCUGUGGACGUUUCCUGCCACCUCAGGCCGGAACUUCUGAUCUUCAUGCCAGGAAUUGCUGACAGUAGUUCUCACCUCUCCACACCUCAUACACCUCAGAAAAUGUGAAUGAAUGCCUUGGGGAGCAGGCAGCAUGAUACAGAGUCCCGGGUCUCCUGAGAUCAAGUUUCACCACUAAUCAACUGUGUGGCAUUGAGCAAGUCACUUCACUGCAGUUUGGGUUUAGUCAUCUUCUAAAUGAGAGGGUGAUUCUAGAUGAGCGUUGUCCUACCUUUUUACUGCUACCAUUCUGUUAUUCUACACAGCCUUUAUUUUUAUCUUAAAAAGAAUAUUUGGACGUAGAUUUAUUUUUCCACAUUCUAACUACACUGUGACAAGUGGGCAAAUGGACACUGGUGGAAGACUGAGCUAGACAAUUUCAUAGAGAGGUCAGAUUCCCCAUGUCUGAUAGAAUAGGCAUAAGGAAUUCAAUGAGGAAGAAAUCAAUGGGAGCAGAUUAGAAGUAACAGAUUUGUGAGGGCUUUCUGGUUGUGUUCUGGAGGUCACAUACCAUUAUCAGCUCCUAUCAGCUAGCAAGAGCCUACUGGGCAUGUCUUUCCCAUCGCCCUGUAUAGUGAUUUGAGCCUGGGCAGUUGAAAUUGAUGAUGAUUGGUAAAUAGCACCGUGGAAAUGGGCAAAUGCUUCAAAUCAAGGUUUCCCCCACCCUUCCCGGCAAACCUGUUGUGAAGUAGUGAUUAGCAUACUGCUCACCUUCUUCUAGUAAGUUCCUUGAGAGCUAAUUGUCCUCUUAAGAUUAUUAGAGACCUGUGUCUGGAGAGGAAAAUAAUAUUGGCACACUGACACUGUGUCCACCCCGCAGUGCUGUGAAGCUGUACCUUACACAGGGGUGAUAGGCUAAGAAUGGAAGGUGAAUUUGGAAGAUAGUAAAAUUUACACUUAAAACCCCUUAAAUAACCCACAGCAUGGUAGGUAUCUACCUUUUCUUAGCAAAGCCCACGGCAAUGAGUCUCCAGUAGUGAAACAUAUCACCAUUUUGGGGUGUGUUUUGAUUGUGUCUUUUAUUUUUUGUCUCAUUUUUGGCUACUAUCAGAUGAACCCAAAUGUUGAACCAAUCAAAGAUGCCUUUAUAGAUGGAAUAACAGAACUAUGGGAUGCUCCCACAUCUGAGAGGUCUAAAA